ACGGCUCGGCGCUCCUUGAGUCACGACGGGCAGGGGCAUGGCCGCCUGGCUGUUCUGCUCACCUUCACUGCUGUCCAUGAAAUCAUCUGGAUUUUGCCAGUUUCCUCAAGCCGACGUCGCCUAACAGCGAACACGCUCAAGGAAAGGACCGACGGCGUUUCCAGGUGCCAGUGCAGUCGGUGUCAGGAUGGCCGCUAUGGCUGCGGACCCUUGCGAGAUCGAGUUCGACGUGUGGCUGGGUGGCAAGCUGAGGGACCUAAACACAGACGAGGGAGUGUUUGGCUCGUACAUCAAAGGAAUUCUGAAUGGGGACGACAGCAAUGACGAGAAGGCUGAAGCGCUACAAGAUAUUAUCUCUGAAAUCACUGAAAGCGAUAUAGCAGAGAUCUGUAAAGAAAUCCUCGACCAUUGGCAGAAAACUGAAAGUUCACAGCGCACAAAAGAUAGCACUGAGGAAAUCGAUGUUGAAAAUAAACUUGUUAAAUUAUUAGAAUCUCAAACGUUACAAACUGUUCAGCAAAGACAAUACACCGAGGAAGAAAGACGAGUCCGCGAAGCCAUUCUUGCUCAAUAUAGUCAAAUCCAAGUUCAAGAAGAGGCCGAAUUCCUAGAUGAAGAGGAUGAUCAUGACGCUGGCUUGGAAAAAAAUACAAAUUUUUCAUCAAUCCAGCAAGCUGAGAAAGAGAGACGAGAACAAGCCAGGCUUGACAGUCAUAAGAAGAAAGAAAAAGACAAAGAGGAUAGGGAGAAACAAAAACAGCAACAAGCUGAGAAGAAAGAAAAACGCAAGACUCAGAAAUCAGAACGCAGACGAUAAUGAAGAUAGGCUACUGCUUUGCGUGGACCACUUGAGGGCCCUUGUCACUCCACACAAAUGUAGAAGACUAACUUCCUUAUAUCAUUUUUGCUUUCAAAUUAAAUUUGUCUAAUUGAAAGUCAACAUUAUCCUUUAUCCUUCAAGGUCUGAAUGAAAUUUCUGUGAAAUGACUCUGUUAUUUAUUAUAUUUAUUGUUAAAGUUAUUUCUGGACAGAGUAGUUUUGUGUACAAAAAGAAAAACAAAGAUUUCCAAUGAUAUUAUCUUCUAGUUUUGAAUCUGUAGUAGGUUUCUAAAUUUAUUCUGAUCAAUAUUUUAGAGGAUUCUUUGUUAAAAAUUUUGAUAACAGAAUUAGACAACUUAACAAAAAUUCUUGCCAUCAAUUUCUAUCUAGUAGGAUCGGUCAAUGAUAAAUCUCUAGCAAAUGAGGGGGAGUGAGAUUUUCUUAUGGGGAACUGCAGUUAUUUAAUUGUUACCGUGUGCAAACACAUAAUUUAUUUUAGAUUUUACUCAAUCUUAAUACUAAUACCAUCAAAUUGGUUAUCAUUUUCUUCUUGUUUUUAUCAAAUACUCUUUGUAAGUCAUUUCAGAUGAGAAUGUUGAAGUCAAUCAUUUGAAGGCAGAUGUAUCUCUAUUUUUGGCAGGCCAGGUCCAGGUGAAAAGUUGUUUGGGGUGGUUGCUUUUAACUAUUUUCUGGCAAGUAAGAUUUUAGUGCUGGCUGACAUUUCCCAGCUUGGUUUUAGUGGCUCCCAAGAAGUGCUUGUUAUAUCCUUGAGAGCAGUUUUAUUUUUUUGGAAUAAUGAAACUUGAGGCCACAUUGAAAGAAGUUAUGGUACUUGUGUGGUAGUAGUGUGAUUUGAACCCUGUCCCUUUGGGCUUAGUGUAACCAGAGGAAAGGAAAUAAAUUUCAAUGAUAACAUUGUUUUUCAUACAUGUAUUGUCAAAUAUAACUGCUGUCAACCGAGAGAGUCAACAAACAA